GGAAGCGGCGCUUCUGUUUAUUCUCUACAACCAGCAGGGUUUUUUUUGUGUGUAUUCGCUAUAUUUUAGGUUAAGGAACGUGUUCCUUCCUACGAAGAGCGAAGGGGAACUUUAGUUGCAGCUCUGCUGCUACCCACAAGAUGAUUGACACAGAAAGGAGACCUGGUGCCAAGGAUGCUGGAACUGCAGACCACAUAUUAAAAAACAAGGAGAAUGAAAAGAAGAAGCGGUCCCGGGUCAAGCAGUUGCUUAGUGAUGUGAAAAAGCAGGUGGAAUUCUGGUUUGGUGAUGUCAACCUUAACAAGAACCGAUUCCUGAGACAACUCAUCGAUGAGGCACAGGAUGGAUAUGUUGAUAUAUCCGUGCUGACCAACUUCAACAGAAUGAAAAGCCUGACUACUGAUGUGAAACUGAUUGCCAGGGCACUGAAGAACUCAUCCUUAGUUGAGGUUAAUCUAGAGGGAACUAAGAUAAGACGUCAACAUCCUAUUGGAGAGGUACCAAAAGGUGAAGAUGGCCGCACCGUCUAUGUGGAACUUUUGCCCAAGGACGUGACACAUGGCUGGAUAGAGAAAGUGUUUGCAAAAUGUGGGAAUGUGGUUUACAUUAGUAUCCCCAGAUACAAGAGCACAGGCGACUCCAAGGGUUUUGCUUUUGUCGAGUUCGAGACAAAGGACCAAGCACAGAAAGCCAUAGAGAUGCUAAAUAACCCUCCAGAAGAUGCUCCGAGGAAGCCAGGGAUUUUCCCCAAGACAAAAAAUAGGAAGCUUGUCUUACCAGCCAACAAUCCCCCUUCAGGUGAGGAAGAAGAAAAGAAAAAGAGAAAGAAGAGGAAAAAAAGAGAGAGUGCCUCGACUCCUGCAGACAAGGCCAAAGAGCAAGAAAUGGAGGCUGAGCCCUCAGAACAUCAGAGGAAGAGCUCUGUUGCAGAGAGCUUUGAGGAAGAUAUUGCCAGUGCCCAGAAAACACUGUCAAAACAGUCUGACAAAAAGAGACGCCGAUCCCAGACAGCAGAGGACUGCGAAAGAGAAGUUCAGGGUGAAAUUCCAUCCAAAAUUAGGAGAACCCAUGGAAGUGAAGAUGAGGAGAAGGAUGUAACUGAAAAGCAAAUGAAGGAGCCACCUGUUGAAUGUGACAAGGAGAGACGCAUGGAGGACGAGGACGAGGACGAGGAGAAGAGGGACGACUCACUGCUGAAAGCAAAACGGAAGAGAAAAAAGAAGCACAAAGAGAAACUGAAAAUCGGAGAGGAGGUCAUCCCACUCAGAGUCAUCUCCAAGAAGGAAUGGCUUCUUCUGAAAAAGGAGUACUUGACCUUGCAGAAGCAAAGCAUGGCAUCCCUGAAGAGGGCCAUUGCUAAGAUCGAAGGCAAAGCCGUAAAGAGGCCAAAGGAGACAGAUGAUAAUCAUCCAAUGGAAAUUUCUGAGAAGAGUGGGACGACAAGUGAAAAAGAGACCAAACUGGGCCCUCAGUUUACAAGCGGUGUUAUCAUAAAGAUUACAGAUAACAAGCCACUGCCAUCAAGAAAGCUCAUCAAAGAUGCCUUGGAAAAAAUAUCCCAAGUGGCGUACAUUGACAUCUUGGACGGGGAUGCUGAAGGUCACAUCCGCUUUAAGACUCCAGAAGACACUAAAGCCCUUAUUGAUAAGAGUGCAGAGAUCCAGAAACAACAUAGCUGGAAACUUGAGAUUCUCUCUGGUGACCAUGAACAAAGGUACUGGCAAAAGAUAUUGGUAGACCGCCAAGUGAAGCUAAAUCGUCCAAGGGAGAAGAAACGAGGCACAGAGAAGCUCAUAUCUAAAGCGGAAAAAAUCAUCCUUACGCGGGCCAAGGAGGCUAAUAAACACAUCCACUUUCAAGAGGACUGAAAACCACCUUUUCCUGUCAAAACUUUCCUGUUCUUUGAGAACUGUUGAGCUUCUCUAUACAUCAUAAACUUGUUGCAGUCUGACUAAAGAAGCUAUCAGUUGACAUUUCAUGUGUAACUUUAGGGAUAAAUAAGAUGGGGAAAAAAAGGAGUUGAGACCAAAUGACGAAGCAGAAUUCCCUCCCUUUGGUUUACAGUGAAUGUUCCUUGUAAUGACAAUUAAAAAUGCUGUUAAGCAUUCAAUAAUUUUAACAGUAUGAAGCUGGUAGCCUUUUAAAACCUGUAUAUGCUGUAAAUACGAUCGUUUCAAAGUUUCCAGGCUCUCUUUAAGUUUCAGCUUGUCGUGGCAUUCGUUUUUGAAUAUUUCAGUUUUUCUCUUUAAAGAAAUAAGUGAUAUUGGACGGUUCCCAUGUUCUCUGUAUUAUAUUACCAACACAAAUAGUGCUCGAAUGUAAACGGUAUGUGACUUCUAAUUUUUCACAAAAUUUCUCAGGCCUGUGGAAGAUCCGAUUGAUCUAAAUGUUGCUGCCGAAUAAAUCAGUUUUGGGAGCAUUUUAGUGUGCAGACCUUACUC